UUCACCUACAGUCAGUCCGCUGCAACACGAGCAACAUAUACAUCUAGAAAAGUGAUUUAAGAAACAAAAGUGAGCCUGGACAGAAGCCCAACUGGACGAGGGGAAAGUUGAGAACUCACCAGCUCAGUCUUUCUUUCUUUCUUUCUUUCUUUCAGUCUGUCUUGUUUCUCUCUCUACCUGAGGACACGGUGAUGCUCUGUGGAGCUGGCCGUGCUCUGUGGACGGUAGGUGCGCUCCCUGCUGCGGAGGUGAUGGACCGGGCUGGGAGAUGAGCAGCGGGCGGUGUGGAGGUACCAGGGCCGCUAGAGGAGGUCUGGACGCUCAGGCCACGCGGUGAGAUAGCGCAGAGACCGCCUCAUGUGUCGGGCCUCCUCCGUGUUCUGGUCCCCACCGACCCCCAUCCUCCCUGCGUCAGUGGGAUGUCCCAGGUGUGUCUCCUCUUGGCCUUGCUUAUGCUCUGCAGCUGCACAAAGGUCUCCUCUACUAACUCCCUGGAGCUUGUGAAGGAGCAGUGGAGCGGCUAUAAAAACCAGUGCCUGGACUACAUCAACGUCACGCCCCCCGCCGCAGGGCUGGUGUGUAACAGGACCUUUGACCUGUACGCCUGCUGGCCUGAUGGACUCCCAGGAACAACUGUCAAUGUCUCCUGCCCGUGGUUCCUGCCAUGGUACCGCAAAGUUCAGCAGGGUCUGGUCUACAGAAUCUGCAAUGAAGAGGGUCAAUGGGCGCCAAAGAAUACCAGCGAGUGUGAGGACGACCCUGGUGAGCAGCAGUACGGCCGCAUCCUCAGUCAGUUACGGAUCAUGUAUACGGUGGGCUACUCGCUCUCCCUGGGAGCUCUGCUGCUGGCCCUGGGAAUCCUCAUCACCUUCAGGAAGCUCCACUGUAUGAGGAACAACAUCCACAUGAACCUGUUUGCCUCCUUCAUCCUGAGAGCCGUGUCCAUCCUGGUCAAAGACGCCCUGCUGACCCUCACACUGGACCCCCGGAGCAGCAGCGACAACCAGCAAGCCUGGAUCAACAUACCGGCUGUUACGUGGUGUCGAGGCGCCUUGGUGAUGAUGCAGUACAGCGUGAUGGCCAACAACUAUUGGCUGUUGGUGGAGGGCAUCUACCUGCACAGCCUGCUGGUCAUCACCGUGUUCAGCGAGAGGAAGUACUUCUACAUUUAUCUGGCCAUUGGCUGGGGUGCACCACUCAUAUUCGUGUUGCCGUGGAUCACAGUGAAAUAUCUGUACGAGAACGAUGAGUGCUGGGAGAGGAAUAUUAACAUGGGAUAUUGGUGGAUCAUUCGUUCUCCUAUACUGUUUGCUUAUCUGAUUAACUUCUUCAUAUUCAUACGAAUUAUCAAAAUCCUGAUGUCUAAACUCAGAGCUCAUCAGAUGAGAUACACUGACUACAAGUUCAGAUUAGCCAAAUCCACCCUGACUCUCAUUCCUCUGCUCGGGAUUCACGCCAUCCUCUUCACCUUCGUCAUCGACGAGUCCGUCCCUAAAGGCUCCAUGCUGCGCCUCAUUCGCCUCUUCUGUGACCUGCUGUUCAACUCUUUCCAGGGCCUGCUGGUUGCCAUUCUUUACUGCUUCGUCAACAAAGAGGUGCAGUCGGAGAUGCUGAAAAAGUGGAAGAGGUGGAAGCUGGGCAAGGACAUUGACGAGGAGUACCGCCACACCCACAGCCACACGCCGCACGUCAAGAGCGGCAGCAUCGCCACCGGCAAUCUGCCCUAUCUCCAUGAUAACAACGGCAGCGAACCCAGCGGGGAUUCGCCGCCCCUCAACAAAGCUGACGGAGACCCCUCCUGCUCCGCCGCACCUGAGGAGAACCGCCGACUGGUCGUCUCCUACAGCAAUGGGACGGGGAAAGGCGGGCCCGCCAAGAGCAGACACGCCCUGCAGUUCUCUUUCCUGCCACGGCGAGGCGCCAGCAGUCAUGUGAGCACUGCCACAGAGGACGUGUGUCUGGAGGAGAGAAUGCAGGGCCGCACAUACCCUCUGGAAGGAGAGGAGACAAAUGUCUGAGGACGUGACGGAAAACUCUCACUGAUUGUGCUCAUCGAUGUUUCGGAUCAGCGUUUAUCGCACGGCAAGAAGAGUGGGAGGGGAAGGAGGAAGUAACCCACACAGAUCAGGAUGUUUGAAUCUGCCCAGCUGCAAAUUAAUAUUUAUUGCUUUUGGGACCUUGAGCGAAAAAGAACGUAUUGACUUCAGACAUCAGGAAUGAUAAAAUAAAUGAAAAAGAAACUCUAGUGGUGGCCAGUGUGAAUGUGAAUGUGUGUGUUUGUGUGUGUGUGGGCAUAUGGAGGACUGCUAUUUCGACGCCGACCCCGCUCACAUCUUUCCAUCUGUAGCCUGCUGCUGUUGUGGUUGUGAGUCGCGCUUGUGUUGCGUGUCUGCUUGCAGCAAUGGACGCUCAUUUGUGGUACUCUCCGACAAAAAAACUCUCAAAAGUGUCAAAUUUUUUGUUUUUUUUUGGGGGUGGGAGGGGUUUCAUGAAACUGAAUGUGAACUUCAGUAUGCAUGACCCGUGACGUCUCGUUCAUAUCAGGAUGAAGGCAGAACUGAUAGACUCACGGACUCCGAUCACACAGUGCUGAAGUACAGUCGAAGACGGAUGCUUUGAUCUUCACAGAGACUAUGAUCUUUAAGUUAUUCUGGUUUUAAAUGACCAAAGCCAAACAAGAAAAUACUAAUACAUCCCGAUUUACAUCAAGGCAUCAAAUCCACACUUUCGUGCACAUUCCUUCCCUCCUUUUUGUCUAAUAACCCCUCCCUUCGCCUUUAUAAAACAGACUUUCCUGACUGAAUGUAUAUGAACAAUGGAGAAAUAAGGGUGAACAUAUUUAAGUGUAUAUAUGUAAUUAGAAUUAUGCCCACAGCACUUGCAUUUAUCCAGGGAGGAGACUUCAUUUGAAUUCUCGAUUUGUCUUCAUGCAGACUCGGAGUAAAAAUUCAUACUUGACACACGUUUAAUUAAUUGGAUGCAAACCAAUUUGGCGAAUGUGAUUUUUUUGGUGUUAUGAACCAAAGUACCUCCAGAUCAUCACACUGCUCCAGUCACAUGAUUUCAGUCAUACAGUAUUCUGUAGAAGGGAGGCAAACAUAAAGUGGUUGAAGUGGUUUUGUACACAACGGGAAAAAGUCCUUUUGUGUGGCGAAAAGGUUUUUCAUUUCAUAACAUAAUGAGAGGAUAUGGUUUGUUGAAAAAAGCAUUAACAACAGAAGAACAACCUGAUACUUAUUUUAGGGCUGUCAAAGUUAAUGAGAUAAUAACCUCACUAAUUUCUUUAACAUAUUAACGCAAUCGAUCUUUCAGAGGUUGUAGCGGGCUCAGUUUUAAAGCUAGAGUGAAGAU